AUGUCGUGGGACGAUGAAGACUUUGAUAUUCCAAGCACUUCCAAGCACGCUGCUGCAUCUUGGGAAGAAGAAGCUAACGAUGAACCAUUGUUAGAUUCAUGGGACAUAGAUGAAGAAGAAGUAGCGCGUAAGAAGAAGGAAGAAGAAGCUAAAAAGAAGGCCGAAAAAGAAGCUUUGAAGAAAAGGCAAGAAGAAGCUAAGGCUAAGAAACUGGCUAAGAACAAGGGAGAAAAGGCUUUGUUGGAUAUUGAUUUGGUUGACGAAGACACCAGACAAGAACUCUUGAAGAAGGCCCAGUUAGAAGCCGAUUUGAAUAAUGCAGCAGAUUUAUUUGGUGGAUUAGGAGUUGCGGAUGAUGGAGAAAUUGAUAUUAAUGAGCAUCCAAGAGAAAGAGCAGCUAAGGCUGCUGCUGCUGCUGCUGCUUCGGCUCCUAGACCUGCUAGAUUGACCAAGGAUACGCCAAUCGAAACCCACCCAUUAUUCCAACCUACUGAUAGACAGGAAUACGAGAGGUUAAGAAAAUCCUUGGGUCCAGUUUUGACCAACUUAGCAGAGGACUCCUUAAUGAACUACACGUCUGGGUUAGCUAUUGACUUGAUAAGAGACUUAGCCCAGCCAUUAUCCAUUGAAAGUAUAAGAAAAGUCAUAUCGACUUUGAAUGUUAUUCUGAAAGAAAAAGAAAAGGCUGAAAGACAAGCUAGAUUGAAGAAGGCUGGUGGUACUGCCACUGGUGGUGCUGGUAAAAAGAAGGCUAAGCCAGCUGUGAAGACUAAUGUUAACUCAUCGUUCAAGAAGGAUGUCUUCGAAGAUAUGGAUGAAUCGAAGUACGACCAAUUCGAAGAUGAUGACUUCAUGUAA